CGCGCCCCCUGGCGGCCCCGCCCCUCGGCCGGCCUCCGCCUCCUCCUCCUCCUCCUCCUCCGGGAAGGCCUCCGCCCUGCAGCCCCCGGAGACGACGGACAGAGCCCGGCGCCCGCCGUGGGGCCCGAUGGCCGCCAAGUCGGUGCUGAGCCUGGUGACGUUCACGUGCGGGUCGGCGGUGGGCUUCGUCCUGUGCUCCCUGCUGCUGAGCGUCGUGCUGGAGGACCGCCUCCGCGGCCAGCCCCGCGUCCUGCACAACGAUCCCCACGGCCGCCACGCCGACGACCAGCAACCCGGGGCCGGCCCCCUCCUCGCCCAGAUGGACUUCGACGCCGACGCCGCGCAGCACAGAGAUGAGGACACGGCCGUGGCGUCCGCCCUGUACGAGAAGGUGAAGGUGCUGUGCUGGGUGAUGACGGGCCCGCAGAACCUGGAGAAGAAAGCCAAGCACGUCAAGGCCACGUGGGCCCGCCGCUGCAACCGGGUGCUGUUCAUGAGCUCGGAGGCGGACGCGGACUUCCCGGCCGUGGGCCUGGAGACCAAAGAGGGCCGCGACCAGCUGUACUGGAAGACCAUCCGCGCCUUCCAGUACGUCCACGACCGCCACUUGACCCAGGCGGACUGGUUCCUCAAGGCGGACGACGACACGUACGUGGUGCUGGACAACCUGCGGCGGCUGCUGGCCCGCCACGACCCCGAGCGGCCCCUCUACUUCGGCCGCCGGUUCAAGCCGUACGUGAAGCAGGGCUACAUGAGCGGCGGGGCCGGCUACGUGCUGAGCCGCGAGGCCCUGCGGCGCUUCGUGGGCGCCUUCCGCACCAACAAGUGCUCCCACAGCUCCUCCAUCGAGGACCUGGCGCUGGGCAAGUGCCUGGAGGCCCUGGACGUGCGGGCCGGCGACUCGCGCGACGGCAGCGGCAAGGAGACCUUCCACCCCUUCGUGCCCGAGCAUCACCUCAUCAGAGGCUACCUGCCCAAGACCUUCUGGUACUGGAACUAUAACUAUUACCCGGCCGUCGAGGGUCCCGGGUGCUGUUCGGAUCUCGCCAUCUCAUUCCACUACGUGGACCCCACCACUAUGUACCAGCUGGAAUAUCUGACCUACCACCUCCGUCCGUACGGCUACAGGUACAGGUACCAGCCCGAGGCCCCCGAGCCCCCCGAGAGGCAGACCAGCCAAGCCAACGGCCACGAAGCUUCCAAGACGAGCGUCGGCAGCCCCUGACCACCCCCCCCCCCGAACCCCGACCCCCGAGACGCCCACGGAGGGACGGGAAGGGUGGGAUCGGCCCACGCGUUCCCGACCGUCAGCGGCUGCGAGAAGGAAGCUGGGAUUUGAGCUGUGAAAUGUGUGCGUGCUGUGUGUGUGUGUCGGGUGCGUAUGUGGUGUGUGCGUGUGCAGGUGAUGGUAAUAUAUAUACUUAUAUGUAUAUAUAUAUAUAUACACACGCACAUGAAGAAUUUGUAUUUGAAAAACUCAGCCGGGCCGGGGGUUGGUGGGCGGGCGGGAUAAAGGCUGAGAGACCCCGACCGACCCCGGCACCGCACCGCGAGGCGGACGGCGGGAUCGGGCUGGGAUCUCGGGGGGCCGAGGGGGUGCCCCCCCAAGAAGGAUUGGCAGUUCCGAGCCGGACCCGCCGCCCCGAGGACGCUCCGGCGUCCCUUCCCUCCGAAUCUGGGUUCGGAUCUGAGAUGCGGCCCCGGGAGGGGGGGAAGGUGAUUUUUCCCAACUUCCGCUCUCCUCGUCCGGGAACGGAAACCCCAUCGGGAAGGGGUCUCGACACCGGCGGGGAGGGGAGGUCUCUCCCUGAGCGGUGAUUUUGCCAAACUGGAAGUGGGGGGCGUGGGAUUGAGCCCCCAGCUCACCCAGGAGGCGGUUGACCUGUGGUUCCAACAAAAAGGCCCCUUCUCCUCCCCCUCAAACACACGCACGCACACUCCCUGACAUGUUGGAGAGGUGUCUUCCCGUCUUUAGCCGGCUGCACUUUAUCCCCCAUCCCCAAGUGACUCCGGAUCUCUGUCUCCAGUCAGGGUUUUACCGCUCUUUGCGGGCGGUUUUUUCCUCCACUGUGCCAAGGAGUUUACUAGUGUUUACGGACCCGAGUUAUUCGGCGGGGCUGUGGAUCGUUGGUUACCUCUGCGGAGUUCUGUGGGAAUCGAGGCCGGGGGCGUGGGGGACCCACCCCGGGGGUCGUGUAGAAGAGGUCCACUCCCAGGGGUUUCAGAGUCGGCUUCGGGCCGAGGAAAACGGCAGGGUGGGGGCCGAACUGGAACGUCCACCUGAGGACCGGUGGGCAGGACGGGAGCCUUCCGGGAGCGAAAACCCAUCCCCGUGUGGUUUAGAGAGCGAGCACGAGUCCCAGACAGGAAGAAUGUGGAGGGAGAGGGAGGAGGAGGGAGAUGGAGAGACCCCUCCACCGGAUGGGUGAGCCGGGAGCCCCGAUCUUCCAGACGGAGAGUGUCCCCGCAAGCCCAGAGCGCAACUUCCUUCAUGGACCCGGCAACCGUCCGGUCCGUCGUCCGGCGACGACCCGGUCCGCCCUUGAAAGGCGCGCCGACCCUCAGGUGGGAGCCCCGCCGCUUUCGAUCGGUAGGCGCGCGACCCUGGUGGCGGUCCCCGGGGAGAAAGGGAGCGCCCCGAGUCUCACCCGAGUGGUCGUCGAAGGUGGUCGGCUGGUCCUUCCCUAGCAGACCUCAGGAGCUCACACGUUUCAACCGUUUCGUCACAAGAACCUGGCUAGACGUCAAGGGAGCGGGCCCCGCUUCCUAAGGUGAGAGGUAUUAAAUGCCGACCACGUGCCCAACUCCGCGCCCAAAGCUGGGGUGGAGGCAGCGUCUUCAGAGCGGACAGAGUCCCCGGCCCGCUGAGACGGGGAGAAGUGGCUUCAGCCCCACCUUGCUGAAGGGGGAGCGGAGGCCCGGCACGAAGAAGCGACUCACCUGAGGUGGCCUGGCAGAGCCAGGACUAGAACCCGAGUCUCGAGGAACAGCCGAGCCGGACUAGGCCGUUUUGGGGCCGGCCAGCUACUCCCAGGACCAUAGGUUCGUUUUCAAGUCCAGGGCUUCCUCUUCUCACGCGGAGGAACGUCGGCCGUCGAGCUCGCCGGCCCCCGGGAAC